UGUUCACACCAAUUUUUUCAUAAAGAGAGUAAACCACAUCAUAAAGGAGUUUACAAAACAUCAAAAAGUAUAAUAACUAUAGCAAAACAUUCUAUAGUCAAGAAAGCACUGCUAUCAACUACACUUCACUAUGAUAUUGUCAGUGUCAAAUAAUUCAACAUUACAAGCCAGUCUUAUUAUUUUGUGAUUGAAUAUAAUAAUUAAUUUUUAAAAAGAAACGAUUUAGACAAGCCUCUGGAAUCAUAAAAUAUCUGUUUCACCAGAAGAUUAAUCAAGUCUUGAAUUAAAAUUAUUACUUGAAUAGCAAAAUAAUUUAUGGAUCAUGGAUGCAGACAAGACGGGUGCUUCCGAAACGUGUUCCGAUCUUUCGUGUGUGUUGCACUGUCAUUGUUGCUGGGCCUACAUGUCUACGCAUAUUUCUGGGGUCCCACACAAGAAACUCUGGACGGGGACUUCACUGACAUCAAAUAUGUUGUCAUGCAGCUCACCAGAGGACUAUCUGAGGUAAAUCGCAAGCAUGAGAGGCUGCAGGGUGAGAUGGACCGCAUCUCUUCGGUGCUACCCGCUGUAGCUGCGGCGGCUGGCCGGGCCAAGGACGCACUGGUCGAUCCUGUGUUGCGACUACGAAAUAGGCAGAUAGGAGACGCACCAGAUUUUGAUAGACAGUUAGCGGAUUACGCGCUGGAGUCAGCAGGGGCACGAGUGUUGGACACGGGAGACACUGUGGAACACGUGAUUUAUGAGUCUCCAGUCGGCUGGGCACUGCACGUACUGACUUCUUGGAUGUGCCGUGAAUGUCUAGGCGCCAGGGCUAUAAUCAGGCCAGGUGUACUGCCAGGAGAAUGCUGGGCGUUUAAGGGCUCCAGAGGAGAGGCCACGAUACGUCUGCUUGGCACCGUACGGAUAACCGGCAUCAGCAUCGAACAUAUACCACCACAUAUUGCACCGACGAGAGAAAUAUCAUCAGCUCCACGUCUCUUUCAAGUCGAAGGUCUGGAGAAGCGUUAUGACCCGUACCCUCACGACUACGGCAGUUUUGAGUAUGACAAGGAUGGAAAGCCAGUCCAGUACUUUGAGGUGAUGUUCCCGUCCCCUAAGGGUCACAAUCUCGUGAAGAUAAGGAUCCUGACAAACUGGGGCAACACUGUGUACACCUGCGUGUAUCGUGUCAGGGUUCAUGGAGAACUUGUAAAUGGUCCACGGAACACCGUCGGUGAUGAUGGGGACAUGCGGAUAGAAAAUGAGUAGUGAAUGAGACUGAUAGUAUGUACCUACAGAAUAUAUGACCUUAUAGUGUUUAGUAGGUAGUUUAAUGUAGAGAUUUUA